AUUUUGCUGAAGCCUGUGACCGAGCGGGAGCGGAGCGGAGCGGCCGUUGUUGCCGACUCUUUCCUCCUCCUCCUCCUCCUCCUCCUCCCCACGGUCCCAGUCAGCGGGGUUCAUUAGGCCGUCGGCCCUCGAGCCGAGACUUCUCUCUUUAGUUCUGAGGAGAACGCCUGGUCGACAUGAGUGAUGUUGAGGAGAACAACUUCGAGGGCAGAGUUAAUGUUCGUGAAGAAAUUGAAGAGUAUUUUCCAAGAAUGUGGAAGAUAAAUCAAGAUAAAAGAAGGCUAAUGAAAAGUAUUAAAGAUCAGAAAAUUAAAAUUGAAUGGGGGAAAAAAUUGAACAGAAGAUUGGUCAGAUAGAAGCACUUGAAUUUUUUUUAAGGCUAUUUUGAAUUGUUUGGGGAAGAAUACACGAAGUAUGAAAAAUGAAAAACUCAAUGAAGAAUGAAGAGAAGUAGAAAGCAAGAGUGAAGUAGAAUUAAAAGAAUCUGGAAGAAUGAAUGGGUCCUAGGUUAAGUAAAUGUAUGGUUUAUGUUCCAGUGUCUGUAUGAUCAAGUUGUAGAUGAAUUUGCAUGAUUACUUAGUUAAUAGAGAUUUGGUGAUCUGGUUCAAGUAGGGAAUUGUCGAGGACAGUUAGCAGUAUUAACAAGGGGUUAUUAAGGAGCGGAAAUUUUUUUCUGGAGGGUAUUGCCUAACCAUUUGUUUUUCAGGAGCAAUCAAUAUAAAUAAUUACGGUACUUUAAAUGUUAGGUGUUAGGCACUUGCGGGACCAGUGCCAUUUGUAAUACUGUCUUCUUUGUUAGGAGUCUCGCUCUCAGUCAAAAUCUCCAACGGGAACUCCUGCUCGUGUAAAAUCGGAGAGCAGGUCUGCAUCUCGUAGUCCGUCACGGGUUUCCAAACACUCUGAAUCCCAUUCUCAAUCAAGAUCAAAAUCCAGGUCGAGAUCCAGGAGGCAUUCUCAUAGACGCUACACUCGAUCCAGAUCCCACUCUCACUCUCACAGGAGACGAUCUCGAAGUCGAUCAUAUACGCCAGAGUACCGGCGGCGGAGGAGCCGAAGUCAUUCUCCCAUGUCUAACCGCAGAAGACACACGGGAAGCAGGGCCAAUCCAGAUCCCAACACUUGUCUUGGCGUUUUUGGCCUCAGUUUGUACACAACAGAGAGAGAUCUUCGUGAAGUAUUUUCUCGAUACGGACCGUUGAGUGGUGUCAAUGUGGUUUAUGAUCAGCGAACUGGGAGAUCACGAGGAUUUGCCUUUGUUUAUUUUGAGAGAAUAGAUGACUCAAAGGAGGCUAUGGAAAGAGCCAAUGGCAUGGAGUUGGAUGGGAGAAGAAUUCGUGUGGACUAUUCCAUCACCAAGAGAGCGCACACACCUACACCGGGCAUCUACAUGGGCAGACCGACUCACAGUGGUGGUGGAGGUGGCGGAGGUGGAGGCGGUGGAGGCGGAGGUGGUGGGAGACGCCGGGACUCUUACUAUGACAGAGGAUACGACCGUGGCUAUGACAGAUACGAAGACUAUGAUUACCGGUACAGAAGAAGAUCUCCAUCUCCUUACUACAGUCGAUACAGGUCACGGUCAAGAUCUCGUUCCUACAGUCCAAGACGCUAUUAAUGGAAUUGUUGCAGUUAAGGACUUUUUUGCUCCUUUUAAUUCUGGAUUUCCUCUAGCUUCUAAUCCUUCCUGGUCCAUAAAAAAAAUUUAUUUAGCAUCCACAUAUCGUGGUUUUGUUGCUGUUUUUCCACCCUUUUUGUUUGUACUCUUAAAGAAGUAAUUGUCAUUUUGAGUAGUUAAAUAUCUUGAGUAAAAAGAAAAAAAACAAAACCCCAGUGUUAUGCUUUGUAAAUGGGUUUUCUUUGCUUUUACAGAGGAUUAAUUCCUAGCUAAUCAAAUGAGGAAAAUGAGGUUACAGACCUCCUAUUAUGUUAGAUGUUGUAUUACACAUUGUGUUAGAGAUUUACGUUUUCAUCCAGCUCAUUUCGUUUAUUUUGGGGAACAUAAGAACACCUGAAAUAGUCAUGUCAGGUUUGUCUGGAGUGUCAUGGGAGAAAUAGUUAAGUGUAGAAAGCUUGAAGUUAUAGAAGAAAAUACUUGGAUGUUUCUUUUUUAAAGAGCCAACUUCCAAACUCUUACAAAUAAAAAGUCCUUUUUAGAUACGAGAAACUUGUGGAUGCCUACAGAAAAUGCUAUAUUUCAAAUGCAUCUGUUAAAGCUUAUAUACUUAAAAGUAUAAGUUUUAUGUUAAAAUUAUUGAAGUUUACGUAUUCCCUUAAUCAGUGAAGGACAACCCUUAUUUAUUACAUAGAGCAAUUGUAUAAUUUGCUGUUAGAAUUUGGUAUUGGGAUAAUGGUUAAGCAGGCUGUUGUGGAGUAUAGAAGUUCUUAGAGGAUACACGUAGGGGAAGUAGUAGUCUUUCAAAUAAAAGAUAAUUUCUUCGAAAAUUGGGUUG